AUGAGCCAUCGGCGAAGGCUUGAGAGCCCUCCGACGAGUGGACGGAGCCCAGCCCAGCACAAAAAAGGAGUCCGGCGCAACGAGCCUGACGCCGGCGACCUGUUACGGUUGAUCCGGAACAAGAUGGAAAUGUCGUCCCCAUCGAAUUGGACUAUGGCCUACAAUGGACUAUCGCAGCAUGUGGACUUCAGCAGGCUGCCGAAUCCGAGCGAGCGGUUCGAGCUGCUGGACCUGAUCGGCGAGGGCACCUACGGCGAGGUCUACAGUGCGAAGGACAAACACACCGGCCGAAAGUAUGCGGUCAAGAUACUGGAGAGCAUCGCGGACAAUAUCGAGGAGAUCGAGGAGGAGUACCUGGUGCUGCGCGAUCUCUCCAAGCAUCCCAACAUUCCCGACUUUGCCGGCCUGUUCCUGAAGCGGGGCACCACCGUCGAGGAUGACCAGCUGUGGUUCGUGCUGGAGCUGUGCACCGGUGGCUCCGUCACGGAUCUGGUUCAAGGUCUGCGCAGCCGGGGGGCCCGGCUGUCCAACAACCAGAUCGCGUACAUACUGCGCGAAACGGUGCAGGCGCUCGUGUUUCUGCACGAGAACCACUGCAUGCACCGGGACAUCAAGGGCCACAACAUCCUGCUGACGGAGUCGGGCCAUGUGAAGCUGGUCGACUUCGGGGUCAGCUCGCAUCUGGCGGCGACCAUGGCCCGGCGAAACACGAGCGUCGGCACGCCGUACUGGAUGGCGCCGGAAGUGAUUGCCUGCGAGCAGCAGCUUGACCAAUCGUACGACUCGCGGUGUGACGUGUGGUCCAUUGGCAUUACGGCGAUCGAGCUGGCCGAGGGUGAUCCACCGCUCUGUGAGCUACACCCGAUGCGGGCCCUCUUCCAGAUACCGCGCAAUCCACCGCCGAAGCUUGCCCACCCGGAGCAGUACUCUUCGGCGCUGUCGGACUUUAUCUCCGAGUGUCUGGUGAAGGAUCUCGAGCAACGCCCGUUCUCGAAGGAGCUGGUGACGCACCCGUUCCUCAAGAGUGUUGGACCGUACGUGGACCAGAUCCGGCAGGAGCUCCGGUCGGAGAUUGCGCGCCAGCGAGAGGAUGGACGAGCACCAAGUCAAGCGAUUGCCACCACCAAGUACGGCAAGCUGAAGUCGGACCGCAAAUCGAAGCCGCAGAAGAUGUACAUCGAUGAUCUGGCGGCGCUGGACGUGCUGACGGAGGAUGCGAUCGUGGAGCAGCUCCAGAAGCGCUUCGAGACUAACCAGAUCUACACGUACAUCGGCGACAUCCUGAUCGCGGUGAAUCCGUUCAGUCAGGUCGGGCUGUACACGACGCAGCAUCAGCACAAGUACACGGCCCAGGCUCGGUCCGAUAAUCCACCACACAUCUUCGCGAUCGCCGAUGCGGCCCACCAGGCACUGGUACAUCAGCGCCAGAAUCAGGCGAUCGUCAUCUCGGGUGAGAGCGGCUCGGGGAAGACGGAGAGUGCCAACCUGCUACUCAAGCAGCUGGUGUACCUCGGCAAGGCGGUCACGAAGAACCUGGAGGAACGCAUCCUGCAGGUGAACCCGAUCAUGGAAGCGUUCGGCAACGCCCGGACGGGCAUCAACUCGAACAGCUCGCGCUUCGGCAAGUACCUGGAGCUAACGAUGGCCAAGAGUGGCAAGGUGAACGGAGCCCGUAUCUUCGUGUAUCUGCUCGAGCAGAGCCGGGUUGUGAAGCAGGCCGAAGGGGAGGGCAACUUCCACGUGUUCUACUACAUGUACGAUGGGCUGCAGGCGGAGGGCCGGCUGGAGGAGUACUACCUGCACCCGUCGUACCGGAAGACGCACCGGUAUCUGCAGGAGACGGCGACACUACCAAAGACGAACGUCGACCGCUGGAAGCAGCUGCUGGCGAGCUUCAAGGUGCUCGGGUUCAAGGACGAAGAGAUCGACAUGGUGAACCGGGUACUGGCGGCCAUCCUGAAUCUCGGUGACAUCGAGUUUGGCGAGAUGGAAGCGAACGACAACACGGACAGUCGGGCUCGCGUGAUCGACGUUGCCCCGAUGCACCGAGUGUCGAAGUUGCUCGGUGUCGAUUCGGCCGAUCUGCUCGACGCGCUGUCCUCGAAUUCGGUCGUAACGCGAGGUGAAACGAUCACCCGACACAACAAUGUGGCCGAAGCGUGUACGGCCCGGGACGCGAUGGCCAAGGGUCUGUACGGCCGGCUGUUCGAUUGGAUGGUCAACCAGAUCAAUCUCCUGCUGGUCCAUAACCGUCUGAACAAUAGCCCGGAACAGUUGGCGAUUGGAUUGUUGGACAUUUUCGGAUUCGAAAACUUCAGCAAGAACUCGUUCGAGCAGCUGUGCAUUAACAUCGCCAACGAGCAGAUUCAGUACUACUUCAACCAGCACAUAUUCACCUGGGAACAGCAGGAAUAUAUGGCGGAAGGGAUUCCGGUGGAUCUGGUGGAGUUCGCCGACAACCGUCCGGUGCUGGACAUGCUGCUGAGUCGCCCGCUGGGCCUCCUGGCGCUUCUGGAUGAAGAAUCACGGUUCCCCCGUUCCACGGAUCGCUCCCUGAUUGAAAAAUUCCACACCAACGUCAAGUCGAAGUUCUACCAGCGCCCCAAGUCGGACGCGGUCUGCUUCGCGAUCCACCACUUUGCCGGGCGCGUCGUCUACCAGGCGGAAGGGUUUCUGGAGAAGAACCGCAACUUCCUGCCGGCCGAAAUCAUCCAGCUGAUCCGCCAGAGCCAGUACGACAUGAUACGCUUCCUGUUCCAGUGUCCGAUCACGAAAACGGGCAACCUGUACUCGGCCAUCCAGGACACCGGAUCGCGCCAGAACGUGUCCAGCUUCAUCAAGGUGGACACGAAGGAGAAGUUUAACUCGCGUGGGCUCGCCUCACAAUCGCGGGCCCAGCAAACGGUGGCCACCUACUUCCGGUACUCGCUGAUGGACCUGCUGCAGAAGAUGGUGACGGGGACGCCUCAGUUCAUACGUUGCAUCAAACCGAACGAGCUGAAGGCGGCCAAAACGUUUGAAGCGACGAAGGUGCUGAAGCAGCUGCGGUACACCGGCGUGCUGGAGACGAUCCGUAUCCGGCAGCACGGGUUCAGCCAUCGGUUCACCUUUGCGGACUUUUUGCGAAAAUACUGCUUCCUGGCGUACAGCUUCGACGAGCGUGUCGUGUCGAAUCGGGAAUCUUGUCGUUUACUUUUAGUGCGUCUAAAAAUGGAUGGAUGGGCACUCGGGAAGUCGAAAGUGUUCCUCAAGUACUACCACGUGGAGUACCUGUCCAAGUUGUACGAGGAGCAUGUUCGUAAAAUCAUUCUGGUACAGGCCUGCGUGAGACGCUGGCUGGCGAAGGCCCUGUACAGGCGUGAGAAACAGCGUGUCGCACUGAGUGCCGUAACACUUCAGAAGCACGUCCGUGGCUGGCUGACACGGCGCCGCAUGCGGCUGCUGAAGGAGAAACAGGAGCGCGAACGACUGGAGCAGGAACGGCUCGAGAAGGAGCGGCUGGCGAAGGAGAAGAAGAACAACGAGCAAAACAAGGCCAAACAGGUGCUGGCCAAGGCGAAGCUUAUCCACCAGCUGUCGAACCACCAGCUGGAGGCGAAGAACGCGCAUCCUCACGAGAGGCGCAGCGGUGCGGAGUCGAACGUCCACAACAAGGAAAACGAACGGGCGGCGAUCGUGAUCCAGAGUUACUACCGUGGGUACACCAUCCGCAAGUUGCGCAUGACGCCGGAGAUUGAGGCGAAGACGAAGUACAUCCUCGGAAUCGCUAAGAACCGGGUUGAAGCGCAGCGCAUGAUGCAGAAGGAGGGCUUCACGAAGGAGGACGCGGCUCGCAUUAUCCAGCGCUACUACCGGACACAGAAGACCAAGAAUAAUCGGGAGGCAUCUCGCAAGGGACCGGCCCCACCGCAGCCGCAACCGAAACCGCUCAGCACCAAAGACCAGCAGCAGGAUCUGAUUGCGUUCUCGCAGAACGUGCACAUGCUCAACCAGGAGGUGCACCGGAAUCUGCGCGUAAACAAGAGUGGCGUGCCGUUGGAGACGAUCGAGAAGCUGCCCCACGACUAUCGGCGACCGCCCGGGUUCGUGCUGGUCCCUGGCCUGCUCGGGACCGUGCCGGGCGGUGACUGCGCCAAGUAUAGCUCGCUUCGAAGCAUGGACUGUGACCACGAGAUGACGAAGGAACUGAUCCAAAGAAGUCCACCGCCGGUGUCGGACUUUGACGACAUCUCCCCGUGGGACAUGCCGUUCUACGAGGUGGAGCGCAACCUGCGCUCGCAAAGACAACGUAACAUGCAGCAACCUUCGCAGCGGAUCGACGUCAACCGUAACGAUAUGCUCGGGGAGCGCAAGAUGGAGCUGGGCGACCGCAAGCAGCAGCUCUCCAGCAACUGGCAUCAGGCGUUCCAGGCGACCGAGAGCACACCGCAGGACAAGUUCAAGGGUCUGGCACGGUCGCCGAAUGGACAGGAACCGGGCCACAUACGCAGCAUUCCGGCGUUCAGCUAUCUGAAUCCGAACAAUCAACAGAUUCUACGCUACUCACCCAACCACCAGCCGCAGCCGCAGCGUGAACCUGCCCCUGAUCCGGUCCCACAACCCUCGCCGGUACGCCAAUCUCCGAUCGGAUCGCCCACCCGGGAAGCUGCCUCACCGGCGCUACGCCUCGGACUGCUCGGUGGACUCGGCGGUAAGAAGGCGGCCAAGGCGGAACAGAAGGCACGCGAGAAGGAAAACAAGGAGCGCAAGAAACGCGAGAAGAAGGCCAAGAAGGAGCGCGAGAAGGCAAUGCAAUCGGCCACAUCGACUUCGUCCGGUUCGGCCCUUUCAUCCGGUUCGUCCGCGAAUGUCGACAAGGUGCGCAAGGAACCGGCCGGCCGUAAGAAGCAUCCGUCGCCGGUCGGCAAAAAGGAACCGGACAUGAUGGUCAGCAGGUUUGCCGGGCUCGGGGACGAACACGAACAGUACCACCCCCAGCAGCAGCAGCAGCCUCAGCUACAGGUUCCCCAGAAGCGGCUGAUUGAGCAUCACGAGUACCAGAACAUUUCGGAGGAAACGAAAAUCGACAGCAAGAGCCCGGUGAUGCGGAUGUUUGGCGACACGAACUUCUUGGUCAACCACCGGCGGAAGGCGGCCGAGCAGAAGCAACAGCAGCAGCUGGCCCAACUGCAACAGUACCAGCGCCAGCAGCAGCAGCUACAACACCAGCAGCAGCAACAGCAACUGCAGCAGCAACAAAAAGCACGCCAACGCCAGUCGGAACUGAGCUGCGGGCAGGGAGUGUGCGAGCUUCUGAACGGAGUGUACCGGUUCAGUCCGCACGUCACCUCCUUCGCCGCGCAGAUGGACACGAAGGGUACGAACAACAGCAACAGUGGCGGCAGCCUGUCGGACGAGCGGUACACGCUGGACAAGGACUACCAGAACUUCAACGUGUCCAAGUACCUGAACAUCGACGUGAAGGGUCCACCGGUGCACCACCAGCGGGAGCGGUCCCGUGGCGACGGGGGGCAUAGCGGGGAGCGGGCCGACAGCUCGAACAGCUCGAGCCUGAGCAGUGGCAGCAGCGGCAUGAACUCGCUCAACUCGUUUGACUCCGUCGAGCAGGCCAUCAUCUUCCAGAAGGACCGCAAUGCCGACUCGUACCUGGGGCCGUUCAACUUCCGCCAGCUGCUGCGACCCACGCAGGGUCCGACCGAGUCGCUCCGGAAGCGGAAGGGCAUCAAUCCACCGUCGCCGCCGCCACCGCAGCGUGGCAAAAGUUAGAAAGGUUGCCGGAUUGCCUACAUCCAGGGGCGUACGGCUGUCAAGUUGACAGGUCGGUGAAAGAGCGGGCACCGGGCGCGGUCGUGCGGAACCUGUCUUACCGACGGUUCGGGAUGAUCCGGAUCACCACCCCCUCCCCCGCCGUAGUUAAUGAAACCUCUCGAAAAGGACAGCAGCUUUCUUCCAUUGGACCCACCACGACCACCAACUACCAGACCCACCAGACGUGAGAAAAGUUUUAACGUUGAUUUUUCUCCAAUGGAGAGGAGCUUUAGAGGUUUGCGUUCGUCUAGACACUUCCGCUGCCGGUGGCGCUCGUGGCUCUGCGGUUCGCUGUCCUUGCGUCACACAAGAGACACGGCACUCGCUUAGGCGUGAAGUGAAAUCACAUUUUAUAGACGGAAAGGGGCGCACUUUAUUCACCGAGUAAGCGGUCGGUCUUAUCGGCCGGUUUCCAGUCCUUUUACCGGUGCGAACCAAUAACCACUUCCGUUUGCCGUGCAGCUCGAUGACGCUGGAGACACCUUGGAGAAGGAGUGCACCUAAGUGUUGGAGCGCGUUAGACGUAAUCGAUAACAGUACAAUUCAAUGAGGUAGAAGACAGAUAAGUGCGCUCUCGGUUUGCCGAAAGAAAAAUGGCCGGGCUGGGUCCGCCGGAAGCGGGCGGCCCAGGAACUUCUGUGUAAUCAUUAAGCGUCGUUCGGGAUGUGUGCUUUGGUGCGGAAAAUAAAAAUGGAAUUCAUGGUUUGAUGCACGCGGGACGUCAUCGCGGCACGUCAGCCCCGGACACCGUUUGC